AAAUGGAGAAAAAAAUGGUGUUUGCACUGAUUCUCACUUGCAUUUUAUCAGUAACAAUUUUGUUUGUAUUAGGAAGACAAGUAAUAUGGAGAAAAGAGAACAAAAAGAAACGGCUACCACCAGGCUCAUUUGGAUGGCCCAUAAUUGGUGAGAGUAUCAGUUUCUUCAACUCUAUCAAUUCUUCACAUGAAGAACAUCGUCGAAAGUUCAUUGAUGAACAUGAAAGCAGGUAUGGACCGAUCUUCAGAUGCAGUUUGUUUGGAAGACCGAAGACAAUUGUAUCAGUCGAUCCAGAGUUCAGUAAAUAUGUUCUGCAAAAUGAGGGAAGAUUGUUUCAGGCCAAAUACCCGAGCUCUACAGUAAAACUUAUAGGCAAAUAUGGUCUGAUCAAUGUCCAUGGAGAGCUACAGAGAGAACUCCAUGGAACUGCUGGGAAUUUGUUGAAGCAUGAGAAUCUGGACUCUGACUUCAAGGAAGACAUACAGCAUGUGUUUAUCACUGGCAUGAAAAAAUGGGAAAAACAGAGAGAGAUCCCUCUUCAGCACAAGUGCCAUCAGCUUGUUCUGAACUUAAUGGGGAAAAAGUUGCUGGAUUUACCCCCUGCUGAGGAAUUGGAAGAUAUAUAUAAAGCUUUUGAUGAAUACAUUGGAGCGAUGCUCUGCUUGCCCGUCAAUAUUCCUGGAACUACUUUUGCCAGGGGAUUUAAGGCAAGGAAAACUUUGAUAAAAAAGAUUUAUGAGUGUAUAGAGGACAGAAGAGAACAUCCAGAAGUGGACCAUAACGAUCUCUUGACGAAGCUUUUGAGAGAAGGCAUCUAUUCAGACGAGAUCAUUGCAGAUCUUAUAUUGUUUUUGCUCUUUGCGGGGUUCGAAACUUCGUCGACUACCAUGGCAUUUGCUGUGAAGUUUCUCACUGAGAAUCCGCAGGCAUUGAAGGAGAUUACGGAAGAACAUGAUGCUAUCUUAAAGUCUAAAGGUAAAGAUGAACAAAAGCUAACGUGGGAUGAUUAUAUGUCAAUGAAAUUCACUCAAUGCGUUAUAAAGGAAACACUUCGUAUGAUUAGUGUUGCUCCGUGUCUUUUCAGAGAACCAAAAGAAGACAUUGAAUACAAAGAUUUUCUUAUUCCAAAAGGAUGGGCAGUGCUUGUGUUCUUAAGUGCCCAACAUUUGGAUGAGAAGUAUCAUUUUGAAGCUCACAAGUUCAACCCAUGGCGUUGGCAAAACGAGGGCCAUGAGAUUUCUCAAAAUCCUUGGUAUAUGCCAUUUGGUAAAGGUGCUAGACUUUGCCCAGGAUAUCAUUUCGCUCGAUUUGAAAUUGCUCUCUUCCUUCACAACUUAGUCACUAAGUUCAGGUUGGAAUUACAGCCAUCAGUGGACCAGGAAAAUCGAGACUUGCAACGGCCAUUUCUCAUCGCAUAAAAAUGAAAGAGUUUCAUAAAUGACUUGUACAUCAGUUUGGUUCUCUAAUUCUAGAAUCAUUUCCUCUACAAAAUAAAGUCAUUUUAGCCAAGGUAAGGAAGAUUAAACUAAGACUUUUCUCUAAAAGUUAAAAUAUUCAUUCUCUUUCAAUCUAUCAUCUACAAUUUUUAUAUACAAUUUAUUGCACACUUUUCCUCACUUCGUUUGGUUUCUUCCCACUGUAGGAUUGAUUCUUUGGAUCUCUUUGACUGUCUAUAAGGCUUUUAAGGUUUAUUAUACAAUUUCUUAUUAAGGAUUAUGCAUCAGAUGGUUCACUCUUAAUAAGAGUUUCAAGAUAUACUCAAGGACUUUUUGAUUUAUACAAUAUAAUUCAAACCAUCACCUA